AUGGAUCACCGACCGCAAGCUUGGGGCCGUCCUAGAGACGAUGUCUACGGUGCCUACGAUGCCUCAUACAUGCACACAAACGGCCCGAACCAACACACCCAAUCCCCCGUCGUAACGGGAACGUCGGUGGUAGCGAUGAAAUUCAAGGACGGUGUUGUCAUGGCCGCCGAUAACCUGGCAUCAUACGGCUCCCUAGCGCGCUUCACCGACGUAAAGCGCAUCCGCACCUUCGCCGAGACCUCGCUCGUCGGCUUCGGCGGCGACGUCUCCGACAUGCAGUACCUGGACCGGCACCUGACGGAGCUCAGCAUCGACGAGGCCUACCAGCAGUCCGCGCACACGCUGAACGCGCGCUCGCUGCACAAGUACCUCUCCAAGCUGCUCUACCACCGCCGCUCCAAGUUCGACCCCCUGUGGAAUCACCUCCUCAUCGCCGGCCUCGACGACGAGGGCGCCCCCUUCCUCGCCGCCGCCGACCUGCUCGGCACCACCUUCACCUCGCCCUCGCUCGCCACCGGCUACGGCAGCAUGCUCGCCCAGCCCAUCAUGCGCAAGUACGUGCCGGACGAGGCCUCCGUCGCCAACGUCACGCGCGAGCAGGCCGUCGCCGUCAUCAAGGAGUGCAUGAAGGUGCUCUUCUACCGCGACGCGCGCUCGCUCGACUCCUACUCGCUAGCCGUCAUCACCAAGGACGGCAUCACCCUAUCCGAGAGCGAGAAGCUCGAGGACCAGAGCUGGGCCUUCGCGGACCGCAUCAAGGGCUACGGCACGCAGACCGUGUAG